GGGAGGGAGGGGGAGGAGCGGCUCUGACGCGCAGGUAACUGCGCCCCUGCGGGCGCGCCCUGCCCCCGGCCCGUGCCCCUCUCUGUUGCUUCACCACGUGCACUGGUGAAUUGGGGCUCGGCGAGAGCUUCUGCCCGCCGGUGCUUCUGCCGGAUCUCCGCCAUUUACCAACACAUGCCUGCUGGAGAGGGAAGCGGCAGAUCAGAAAGAGAGGGAGUGAGUAGCUAAUAAACAGAGGUUAUAUGCACCAUGGCAAUGACUAGUGUCAGAUUGCCCACCAGUAUUUUAAGAAAACCAGAUACCUGGAUUGGUCUCUGGGGAGUGCUGCGAGGGACACCUUCACACAAACUCUGUGCUUCCUGGAAUCGAUACUUAUAUUUUUCUAGUACCAAAUUAAAUGCAUCAAAUUAUAAAAUACUUUUCUAUAACAUUUUCUCACUGAGACUCCCAGGACUUUUAAUAUCUCCAGAAUAUAUUUUUCCAUUUUCCAUAAGACUCAAAAGUAAUAUAAGCUCAAAAAAAUCUGCUAAAAAGACUCUGCAGAAAAUUGAAGAUGAAGAGGACUCUGAUGAAGAGAGAGACUCUAAUGAGGUGAGUGAGCAGGAAGAGCUCGAGGAUGACCCCAGCGUGGCCAAAGACUACAAAGACCUGGAGAAGGUGGUGCAGUCUUUUCGGUACGAUGUUAUCCUGAAGACAGGCCUAGAUGUCGGCAGAAACAAAGUGGAAGAUGCAUUCUACAAAGGUGAACUCAGGCUGAACGGGGAAAAAUUAUGGAAGAAAAGCAGAACGGUGAAAGUGGGAGAUACUUUGGAUCUUCUCAUUGGAGAAGAUAAAGAAACAGAAACAGAGAUAGUGAUGCGGAUUCUUCUGAAAAAAGUGUUUGAAGAGAAGACUGAAAGUGAAAAAUACAGAGUGGUCUUACGACGGUGGAAAAAAUUGAAAUUGCCUAAAAAGAGUACGAUUAAAUAAAUGGAUUGCUUUUUAGCGAUAAAGCUGUUUUCUAGUGGUGGGGAAGGAGGCAGCUCAAAAAGCAGACGUUUUUAUUGAAAUAAAGUUCUAUCAUUUGUG